AAUGAAAUUCCUCCUGGAGCUCUUCUGCCCUGUGCUGGAAGUCUCCUCUAAACUGCAGCUCUGUGUCCAUCUCUAUAGCCCUGAGCACAAUCUGCCCAAAGGUCUUCUCUGCACCUGUGCCAGCAAAGCUCCUACCUGGUAUCUCUCUUAGAGCAGGUACUUUAUCUUGGUUCACCAAUGUCUCCAAUACCUGGAACAUCUAGAACAAUGCCUGGCACACAUGAGGUGCCCAAUACAUCUUCAUUAAAUGAAUGCGUAAGUAGUCUUAAGAAAUGUUUAUUGGAUGAUUAGGGUUCUUCCCCAGUUUUGCCAGACCCCAAACCAGCCCUCAUCAAAUGGGUGGAGCAGGAGACCCAGCUGUGGGGUACAGGUGCUCAGGAUCCCCUGGAGGAGGAAGCCUGAGAGAAAGCCAGAAAGAUGGGAAGUGGAGGUGAUGUCCCAGUGUCAGGUAUAAGGGAAAACGUUUGAGCAAGAAACACCAUCUAUAUGUUCUUUACUGCUGGUGUUACUAAUUUUCGCUGACCUGAAUUUAUGACACCCACUGGAGAUUGCAAUCUUGACCUUCUCUUUCUCAUUAAUUGGCUUUGAGGCAUCCAAGUGGUCACAUGAUUAGGUCACACUGUAUGAAUCAUCCAGACCGUAGGUCAGUGGCAGUGUGUGAAUUCAAGUUUAGGAUGGAGGCAGUUCAUCAGUCUUCCAGGUCCCUGGUUCCUAUAACAGCUGCCCUUCUGGUUGAGAGUAUCUCUUCUGGUUGGCCCUGGAGUGGGUGGGAAUGUCCCUGACUUGGGAGCCCUCAACUGGCCAAUACAGUCUAGAAGGGGGCUUCCAGGGCUGGGUACCCUUCUGAAUGCUUCUGUCAUUGUGAAGGUUGAUUCCAUCACCUGAACAUAAGUAGGCCUUGGAGAGUUAACAGGAAAAAAGCUCCCCUAGGGAGAAGCAGCCACUGGAUACAGGGUGUCAGGCGGGAGCCUCAGGGGGGCCUUUGGAAGGAGGCAAACAGACAAGAGCUCCAGAGUAGACCCCAGAGCUGCUGAAGAUGUGAAGUGCAUGUUCAUGAAGUGUGUGAAAUGCUGUGACUGAUGUAAGUGGCCAAAGGAAAAAUAUCAAGGCUUCUUAGGGCAGGGUAUUUAUGAAGGCUUGUGGGAAGCACAGACUAGACAGUCAAUAAAUGCGUCCGGUGAGAGAGAGGGUUUGGAGGUAGAAAUGAUGGAGAGAGUUAGUGCCAUUUGCUAAGACAAAGACUCCAGGAGGGGCAGGUUAUGGGAAGAAAGGGAUGAAUUCAGUUUGAGCCACGCAGAGUCCGAGGUGCUUGUGGGCCAUCCAUGCCGGGGCAAGGUGGCAGGUGGCUCUGUGAUCAGGAGCUCAGGAGCCAAGCUUGAGCUAGAGGUAAAUAGAUGUUCGGGAGACGUCCUGUAGGGCAUGUCGGGGGAGCGUAAGCUUACAGAAGGAGGGUCCUUCCGACCUUUCUCAGACCUCACCCUACUCUUCCCCAGUUGCCCCCACGACCUCCUGAAACAGAAGCUCCCAUAAUUUCAGGCUCUAUCAAGCUUCCAGUAGAGAAGGUUCUUUUACCCGCUCCAUUUUUUUUACCCUUAACACUGGGGGAAGCCUGCUGUCACCCAGUGAUGGGCCAGCGACGAAACUGAACGUCUGAAUUAACAGCGCGGAGCGGCCUGGGGUCUGGGCUGGAGGUCGCUGUUCCAAACCUGGGCGGGGCCGCGGCUGCGCCUCCAGCGCGGCGGGCGCGGGGACCCGGCGGGGAAGCCGGGCUGCCGCGCCUCUGGGGCCGGGCUUCAAGCUCUGGGGAACGCCGCCUCCGGGAUGGUGGCAGCGCCUCCUCGGGCGCCUGUAGCCGCCGCGGCCAUGUUGGCUGAGGGCUCGAAGACAAAGCCACCUGGAGACACCGGGGCGGCGUCAUCUGGGCACGAUGGCGCGGGAGGGAAGUUCGUGGGGCCGCGUUGCCGCCAUCUCUUAGGAAGGCAUCUUCCAGUUCUGGUUCUCGGUGCACCUUCAGCCACCCGCUCUUAGUGUUCAGCCACCCCCGUGGGCCCUCGAGGGGCCGUUCCUGGUCUCCCGGCCUCACGACGGCGCCCCGACCCUCGGGCCCGGCCAGGGAGCGUUCUUGAUCGCGGAGGCUCCGCGGACCCCGGCGGGUAGGGGUGGCGCUGGCCCGCCGCCGGGGUGGCACUUACGAUGGCGCCGCUCCCGGCCCCGCUCCCCGCGCGGGAAGCUAACGGGGCCGGGCGCCAGGGGGGAAAACCCGAGCCCCUGAGCUUCGCGGACGUGGCCGUGUACUUCUCCCCGGAGGAGUGGGGGUGUCUGCGGCCCGCGCAGAGGGCCCUGUACCGGGACGUGAUGCGAGAGACCUACGGCCACCUGGGCGCGCUCGGCUUCCGAGGCACCAAGCCAGCCCUCAUCUCCUGGGUGGAGGAAGAGGCCGAACUGUGGGGUCCAGAUGCCCGGGAUCCUGAGACGGGAGAGUGUCUUAGAGAAGCAGACACAGCAGGUUCCAGAGACAAGGAAGAGAAAGGACAAAGAGAAGGGACCGAGGCACUGGGGAAGAUCCUUUCUGUGGACGCUCAGCCUCCCGGGCUGAUGGCUCUCAAACCCUUUUCUGCUGGGUUUUCUUAUGGUUGGGAGCAGCCGUCGAAGGUGCCUCGCCGGGGUCGCCCACCACUCUGUGCCCAUCCCCCGGUCCCCAGGGCAGACCAGAGGCACGGUUGCUACAUGUGCGGGAAGAGUUUCGCUUGGCGCUCCACCCUGGUGGAGCAUCUGUACACCCACACGGGCGAGAAGCCCUUCAGUUGCCCUGACUGUGGCAAGGGCUUCAGCCAGGCCUCCUCUCUGAGCAAGCACCGGGCCAUCCACCGAGGGGAGCGGCCCCACCGCUGCCCGGACUGUGGCCGGGCCUUCACCCAGCGUUCCGCCCUCACCACCCACCUCCGGGUCCACACGGGCGAGAAGCCCUACAGCUGUGCUGACUGCGGCCGCUGCUUCAGCCAGAGCUCCGCCCUCUACCAGCACCAGCGGGUCCACAGCGGCGAGACCCCCUUCCCGUGCCCAGACUGUGGCCGCGCCUUCGCCCACGCCUCAGACCUCCGGCGCCACGUGCGCACCCACACGGGCGAGAAGCCCUAUCCGUGCCCAGAUUGCGGGCGCUGCUUCCGGCAGAGCUCCGAGAUGGCGGCCCACCGACGCACCCACAGCGGCGAGCGCCCUUACGCCUGUCCGCAAUGCGGCAGGUGCUUUGGCCAGAAGUCAGCCAUGGCCAAGCACCAGUGGGUCCAUCGGCCCGGGGCGGGGCGGCGCAGGGGCCGGGGUGCCAGUGGGUUGCCUGUGACCCUGGCCUCUGGCCGAGGGGACCUGGACCCACCCGUGGGCUUCCAGCACUACCCAGAGAUAUUCCAGGAGUGUGGGUGAUGGCCUCAACGGUGACAAGGCAAAGGGUGAAGAUCUAGACAUUGUCUGAGGCCCAGGGUGGCCUCAGGGGCCUGAAACUCCGGCAGCUCCGGGGAGGCCACAGAAGUCCCAGCCAGAGCUGGACCUGGGGGAGGAGGACUGUUUCAUCUUAGGCCCUCACGAGCUUCAUCUGCUGAUACCUUGUUCCCUACUGUCCCAGACUCUAGAAGCCCCCUUUGCUGAGUUAGGGCUGAGGUUAGAACCCCCACUAGACUUCCACUGUGGGGAAGAAAAGGCUGUUUCUAAGAGGAUUGAGGUGGAGAACUUUGUUUUACCCAGUGACUUUACUGCAAAAGUUAAAAACUGAUGGCCGGGGACUGAAUGUGGUCACAUUCAGGACUGAAUGUGGUCUGUAGCAGCCUUUUAAAAUAUAUAUAGUUUUUAGCCCAGCCAGCAUUUUUAAAUGUUAUGAAUUAUUGGUUAAGAUUUAAAAACGAGGAUAUUUCACACAAAAAACCAGGUUUCUGGCCUCUCUUGAAAAAUCCGAAGAUUUGGCAACUCCACCUGAGCUCCCACAAAACCACAAUUGGUGGGAGCUGAGGGGCAGUUGCCCCUUUGGAUGGAGACCAGGCUCUCCAGUUCAGCAUGCCUGCCACUCCUUAUCACCUCCUUACCAGUGUUAGCUGGCACUCAUCAUGGCUCGCCAACAUCUCCGGCAAAGCAGGCCCUCUCCAUCUGGCAUUUUUCUACUCAUUUACAUGACCUGUUGGGGUUCCUGUAGUCAUUUGAGUUUGCAAACUGUAGUCUACAGCAUUCAAUUGUUCUUGAAUCAGGGAUUCAGGUAGAGAGCAUAUUUGUGAAAGGGUGGCAGGAGAGAAGUAAAAGGAGGCUUUAUGUUA